AUGUCGCCGCGCAACCCCGUCCCCAUCGAGAGCCUCCUGCUCCCCCUCAAACCCGAUUCGUUGCAAUGCCUGCACCGCUUUAUUCAGUAUGAGCGGCGUAUUCCUCCGCACCCAGUACCGCAGAAACGCAAAGCCAGUGUGGCCAUCAUUUUAUUCGUCGGUCGCAAAGGCGACCUCUACGUCAUCCUCACCACGCGCUCUGGCGAUUUGAGGACGUACGCGCACGACACGGCUCUUCCUGGAGGUAAAUGGGAAGAAGGGGACUUGGACGAGGAAUGGACGGCUCGCCGUGAGGCAUUUGAAGAAAUCGGUCUGCCCAUGGACACCUCACGUGUCCGCUGCCUCACUCUCCUCGACUACGUUAUUGCCGGUAACCAGCUCGUCGUGACUCCGGUCGUGUUUCUGGUCGUGGACCGGACUCUGAACCCCGUUCUUAAUCCCGACGAGGUCGUUCAUUUGUUUUCAAUGCCUCUCGCGGCGUUCUUACAUGACAGACCGGCCGAGAUUCCAGGUUGGAACUUUGGGCUUAGUGAGAAAGUCAACCCCGUUCCAGCUGGGUUGAUCAAGCCGCCGCCGAUUCCGAUGUAUGCCAACAAGCAGAAGGAGGGUGAGGGUGUUGGUGGGCGCGAGGGCGAGUAUUACCAAUAUCGCGAUAUUGACUGGGGAGGUGGACCGGUGCGAAUGCACCGGUUCCUCACGGGGCGGGAGGGGGGUGGCGUGCGACCCGUGUAUGGGCUUACCGCGGGCAUCCUCAUCAACGCGGCGCGGACGGGUUUCGGACAAGAGCCGACGUUUGGCGAGUUUGCACCAGGCCAGAUGGACAUGGAAGAUCGCCUGCGCUUCCAGAUUGUUAGCGAGGGCGGACAGCUGCGACGCGCAGUCGAGGCCGAGGGUAUGAUGGGCCCUUGGAUGGCGGACGAGCGGCGCAGCAAGAAGGAGGGUGCAAAGUUGUAG